AAGGGGCGGAGCUUCGCGAGGAGCCUCAGUCGGCCAGCAGUGGGCGGAGAGAGCGGUGUCUCCGCGUCGGGUGUCUGAGGGGGACGGCGCGGCAGCCAUGCAGGCCCCACGCGACGGCGCGGGCGGAGCGGCGGGCGGUGCAGGGACGCCCAGCGGCCCUGGAGGCCCCACAGGCCCUGGAGGCUGGGACGGCGCAGGGUGAAGAGGCCUCCGCCUUGAGUGGAGCCCCGCGAAGCCCGAUGCUCGAGUUCACCCUCAUGCUGCCUUUCCUGUCUUGCGUGGAUGCGGAGGUGGCUCGCAGGUACCUGACCCCGGGUGCUGAACCCUACCUCGGGGAUGUUCAGAGGGAGCUCAUGGUGAUCGGCAGUGACCUGGUUAUCCGAUUAACUGCUGAAGACUCUGGCAUCCUGCAAAUUUCCGUCGCCUCCUUGCUCAACCGGCUUUCCAUAGUGGUGCAGACCAUGCAGCACUUUGUGCCUCCAUUUUUUGCUAAGACUCGGCCCGGAAAAGGGGGUUGAGAUCACAAGAGUGUCCUGUCCUAGGCAGUGCAUCCUUCCCUAGGGCCAUAAUCUUUCCAGUAGUUGCCACCCCCUAGCUGUUUCCUGUAUGGAUACUUGGGCACUCUCUGCCCACUUGUUUUGAUUGGUGCUUAAAUACUGCUAAUCAUAGAUAAUAAAACUGAGCUAAUA